AUUUGUACCAACUUGAUUGGUUGUCGUGACUUUGUAUACGUCGGUGUUUCCCCUCUGUGUUGAGCGCCGGUUGUGCUGUUAGCGGUGUUGCAUUCUGGCAUUGUAUCGACCGACUGUAGUCUAACAUUUAGUGAGGUUUGACUGGAAUCUAAUUUGGAAAAAGGAGAAGCGUCUGCAGCAUUCCUAAGUCUUCUUGAAAUUGUUAUCCACACACAGUUCAAUAGAAAUUUAACAGAAUAACUAUCAAGAUGAAUGACACUCUAGAACUUGUAGGAGCCGUUGAUCAGGGAACAAGCAGCUCAAGAUUUUUGAUAUUUGAUGUGAAAACUGCAAGUGUGAUAUGUUAUCAUCAAGUCGAGAUUGUGCAGUCUUGUCCUUCUGAAGGAUGGGUCGAGCAAGAUGCUUCUGAAAAGAUAAAUUCAGUCAACACAUGCAUUGAUAAAGCAAUUGAAAAACUUGAAAGUAAAGGCAUAAGUGCUUCAUGUGUUAAAGCAAUUGGCAUUACAAAUCAACGAGAGACGACAGUAGUUUGGAACAAAUAUACUGGGAAACCAUUGUGCCCUGCGAUUGUUUGGUGUGAUAUACGAACAACUGACACUGUAGAACAACUGAUACAGAAAACAUCAACAAAACGACAAGAUCAUUUCCAGAAAAUUUGUGGUCUGCCUAUCAGUACAUAUUUUUCUGCAGUCAAGCUGAGAUGGAUAUUGGACAAUUUACCAGAAGUAAAAAAUUCCAUUGAACAAGGAGAUGCUCUGUUUGGCACAGUAGAUUCAUGGCUAAUUUGGAACCUAACUGGAGGUGUUGAUGGAGGUCGUCAUGUUACAGAUAUCACAAAUGCUUCAAGAACCAUGCUCUUCAAUAUUCACUCACAGACAUGGGAUGAAAAUCUAUGCAAAUUUUUCGGAGUUCCUCAAUCUAUUCUACCAGAAGUUAAAAGCAGUUCAGAAACUUAUGGAAAAUUAGUGAAAGGCCCUUUGAAAGAUGUUUCUGUGUGUGGUUGUUUAGGUGAUCAACAAGCAGCAUUGGUUGGUCAGCUUUGUUUCAAUCCUGGAGAUGCAAAGAAUACAUAUGGUACUGGCUGCUUUCUUCUCCAGAAUAGUGGUUUAAACCCAGUGACAUCAUCUCAUGGUCUGUUGACUACAAUUGCCUACAAAUUGGGACCUGAUGAACCAACUCAUUAUGCAUUAGAGGGUUCCAUUGCAGUAGCAGGAGGAAUUAUACGUUGGCUGAGAGAUAAUCUUGGAAUUAUAAAGAAGAGCAGUGAAAUUGAGGCACUCGCGCGAACAGUUGACAAUGCUGGCGAGGUAUUCUUUGUCCCUGCAUUUUCUGGAUUAUAUGCUCCUUAUUGGAGACCAGAUGCUCGAGGAAUAAUUUGUGGUCUCACACAAUUUACGACUAAAGCUCACCUUGCUUAUGCAGCUCAUGAAGCAGUUUGUUAUCAAACUAGAGAGAUCUUAGAAGCGAUGGCAAAAGAUGCAGAAACUACAGGAGGUUCAGAUUCUAAGACAAUUACAAGAUUACAAGUCGAUGGUGGAAUGACUGUCAAUAGUCUGUUGAUGCAAAGACAAGCUGAUAUUCUUGGAGUAACUGUUUUGAGAUCGUCUAUACCAGAAGUGACCGCGCUCGGAGCGGCUAUUGCUGCAGCAAAAUCAUAUGGAAUAUGGAGUUACGAAGAAAGCAAAAAAGUUGAAUUUACAAAAUUUGAGCCAAAAACUAAUUCUGAAGAUGAAAAAGCUAGCUAUGAAAAAUGGAAGCUUGCUGUUCAAAAAUCAAUGGGAUGGCAGUCUGAGGAAAAGAAAGUUACUGCUUAAUUUUCGCUUCUAUACUGUUUUAUCGGUGCUCGUUUAAUAUCAGUUAGAUUUUGGUUUAACUUUUUUUCUUUUUUAAAAGGAGUGGAAUACAAUCAACUACGAAAAAAAAAUUCUAUUUCUCAUUAUGGGAACUAAGAUUUCAUGGAUAUAAAUAUCUUGUAAUAUAUAUUUUGAUAAGGUGCUCCCUAAGUAUGUGCACCAAGAUGGCCCACAACUUGACCAUAGUAUGUGUACCAGGUUAGGGUUACCAGGUUGGGCGUGCACAUACUUCUGGAGCGCCCCUAAUAAUACCAAAAGUGUUGAUAAAUCCUAAAUUUUGAUUUUAGCUUUAAAAGUGAUUGUGUUUUUUGUUUUUUUGCUCAUAUAUUCUUUUAAUUAUGUAGUCUUUUGUAUAUUAUCUUUUAUGUUCAAUUUCCUACUUUUAAAAUGUUUGCAUAAAAAUGCUACUGAUGGAUGCACUACUUACUUAUACAUAUUAUACCAUAUAUGGAGCUCAACAUGUUGAUUAUCAUUGUAAAGUAUUCAUGAGAUAGAACUGUAAUUCGAACUGAAUUUUACAAAUAAUUCUUGAUUACGGUGUGAAGUAUAUGUGAGAUUGAAGUUUGCUUUUGAUUUUUGUGUAAACUUUAAUAUAUUUAUUCAUAUAUAGACUUUUUAAUGUUGAUCACAACUUGUUUUAUCAUCGGUACAACAACUGAUUAAUGAUUUAUAGGGUGACUCAAUACUCGUUAUACUUUUUACUUAUUAUUACUAAUUUUUGUCAAGUUUUGAAUUCAAUGUAUCUGAAUAUUCCCAAAAUAUUUCGAAUAUUUUUAUAAAUUAUUGGACACUAAGUGGACCUAUGAAUAGUUUUGCUAUGUUGUUCUUGAUCAUGUUGCUAGUAUUCUUCUUCUUGUUGCCAAAAAAUCACUUUUCUCAUUAACUACUGGAUCCAUUGGUUUUAAUUAAUUUUUUUUUCAGUGAUUGAAGAUUGCUGUUGUCGCUAGAAGGCUAUUGCAUUUAUUUAUUCCUAAAUUUUCUAUGAAAUCUGAUAUUUCAUUCAAAUUUCCGCUGAAUUAGCUUUCAUUCCUGGGAACACUUUUUUUUUCGGCAAGUGUGACGGCUUUUCCGAUUUGACGCGACGCUACGCAAAACUCUGAUAUUAUUUCAUACCGGUAACCCUAGGUACGUUACGAAAACUACUUUAUUUUAGAUUUCGUGUUCAUAUAUUUGAGUAUCGCUCUUUUAUUUCUGUAUCAAAUGCCAAAAUUUUUAUAAUUUAUUCGUGCCUUAGAAAAAAAAAUCCAAUCCAACUGUCCUAAAGUGAAUUUUCAUGAGAUGGGGUAUAUAAUUAUUUUUUUCAUUGAAUUGCCCAUAUCUAUAUAUGACCUAUAUACAUUAUAGGUGAAUAGCGUUUGACUAUUUAAUAAGAUUUUUGACACACGAUCUGGAUGUAUAAAAAUUGCAGUGCACAAUGACGAUUUUCUAGUUAUGAUUUGGAAGUAUCCACCUCCGAAACAAAACCUGAGGGGGUAAAAAUUGAAAGUGCUGUGACCUUCAAGGGGGAAAUCUUAAAACUGUUUCCUGCAUCUGUUUUGUUUUUCUGUGUUUAACGGUACAAUACAGUUUAGCUUUAGUGUAAUGCGGUACUUUAUUCUAAUAAGAAAGUUUUUAUUUUUCAUCCUUCAUGUAUUAAAAUAUUGUGUUUAUGCCUUUCCGUCAUCACAGCUUUUCUCAUUAACUACUGGAUCAAUUGCUUUGAAAUUUUAAGUGAUUGAAGAUUGUUGUUGUCGCUGAAUAGCUAUUGCUUUAAUUUAUUCGUAAAUUUCCGAUGAAUCUGAUAUUCCAUUCGAAAUUCCACUGAACUAUUUUUUUAUUCAUUGGAACACCAUCUUAUUCCGCCAAGCGUGGCGGCUUCUCCGAUUUGAACGCGUGUAUUGUUUCUCUAUGUUUAACGGUGCAAUGUAAUUUAGCUUUGGUGUAAUACGGUACAUUAUUCUCGUAGAUCUAUUUUUUUUCAUUAUCUAUGUAUUAAAAUAAUGUGUUUAAUGUUUUACUGUCAUCACAAAAUCAACUCGUUUAUACUCAAUAGUGUGAUUUUAAUGACACUUGGAAAUACCUCAUUUGUCACUUUCGCCUUGAAUAUAUUUUAUUAUUGAUUAUUCAAUAAAUUAUUAUAUGCAUAAAAA